AAACAAAAGUUAAAAGGGCGUGAAGACUGAAGAGAGUGAGGAGCAGAGAAACAAACUCGUUCAAAUUUUGAAAAUGGGGGGUGUCGAAGGUCGCAGACGGAUAGUGGGAUCACACAACGGAGCACCCACCUACAUCAACCUCAAGAUCAAGUCCCCGAACGGGCAUGAAGUAUACUUCAAUGUGAUGAGAAGCAGUGAACUGAGGAGGGUUAUGAUUGUUUCCUGUGACCGACUGUCUUUGGAAGUCAAUGAUAUUCGUUUCGUGUAUAAAGGUCAUUAUGUUUUGGCCGAGGAGACUCCAGAUCAGCUGAGAAUGGAAGAUGGGGAUGUAAUUGAUGCAAUUUCAGUCCAACCACGCAAGAUCAAUGUCACAGUCAAUGGCGAGUUCACGGAAAAUCAAAACAUAGUGUGCUUCAGGAUCAAGAAAGCCACUCAACUGAAAAGGCUUAUGACUGCUUACUGUGAUCGAUAUUCACUGCAUGUCACUUGCUUUGCUUUUUUGUGGAAUGGCCGUCGGCUUCGUUAUGAUCAGACUCCAGAUGAGUUGAAAAUGGAAGAUGGGGAAGAAAUUUUUGCGAUGCCGCACCUGCCCCGUUGUGAAAAUUGUCGCCAGCUGCAGUGAAUGGUACACUGUAGGCAUGUUUUUGUAAUUCUGGGAUUUUGUUGUUGCGUUCUGGAAUUUGGAGAAAAAUCAAGGCGGUGAAACCCUUCCCUGAACAUUGUCGCCAGCCGCAGUGAACGGUACCCUGUAGGCAUUCUAGAAUUUGGACA